GAAGUCGAGUUUCAACGAAGGUGUGGUGGUGUGAGUUAGUUUGUGGGGAGGAGGUAUGAUACGUUGCUGAAGUCUGUGAACUCUUCGAGAGCAACACACUAACCAACCUCCUCUCUUUGGUGUGACGUUCACAUCGCACUUCAGAUAUAUAUUUUUAAAAAAAUAUUGUGAAACACAAGAUGUCCCAACAGCAAGAUGUCAUCGAACAGAAAGGACCUAAUCAAGUAGUGCACAUACGCAGUGACUCCGAAACGAAGUUGGAUGAGCUCUUCAAUGCCGUCAUCCACCCGAAGGAUUAUCAGGUGCCUUUAACUGUGCCUAUGAGACUGAGAAACUUGCCUCCGUCAUUUUUUCAGCAGCCAGAGAAAGGCUCAAAAUCUCCGUCCCAUUCUCGAGAAUCGAGUUCCGAUAAUACCACUUACCCCUCGGGUGCUCCUCCGUCCCAUCCACAGCAGCAGCUACCUAGUGGAUUACAGAUUAACCAUCCCAGGGCCCAUUCGUCCCCUGCAUCUUUGCAACAGUCCUAUACUAAGAAUGUACCAACUCCUCAUCAGCACCCCAGACAGAGGAGUUUUGGGGAUUUAUUGGAUGAUAACAUUCCCCUGCCUCCAGGUUGGGAAAUGGCAAAGACUUCUGCUGGCCAAACAUAUUUCCUGAAUCAUUUAACACAGACCACUACCUGGGUGGAUCCACGGAAGAAAAUCACUACUGGAAGCAUGGCAACUUCAGUAAACAUGCAAAACCUAGGCCCUUUGCCAAAAGGUUGGGAACAAGCGACAACACUUGAAGGAGAAGUCUAUUUUAUCAAUCACAUUGAACGUACAACGAGUUGGUUGGAUCCUCGAAUACCUGCUCAUCUUCAGAAUCCUCCAACUGUAGCAACUCCUACUCAGCAGUCUAAUUCUACUCUUCAGUCUCAAACUCAAGCUCAAGUACAAGCUACAAAUAAUGCCAAUCUAUUAAGAGAACUUCCUGCACAAAGUAUAAAAUUGCCACCUUCAGUUGCAGCUGCUGUAAGUAUACAACAGAGACAACAGAAUCUCCGUGUGCAGAGCUUAGAAAUGGAAAGAGAGCAACUAAGACUUCGACAACAGGAGAUAAUGCGUCAGGAAAUAAUGUUGAGACAGACUCUUGGUGAAAAGUUGACUUUGGCACCCUCCCCUACAGGAUCCACUCCUGAACUGCCUCCUGUAUCUACCAGUCUCGAUUCAUUUCUGGAAGGAGGGACAGACUUUCAUUCCCGUCAAGAGAGUGCAGACAGUGGCCUAGGAUUAGGUCCCAACUACAGCCUUCCACAUACACCGGAAGAUUUCCUAAAUAACUUGGAUGACAUUGAAGAUCGUCAGAGUAAUGAUCUGGGUUUGGAUCUUCAAACAAAUUUGGAUCUUGGUGAUGAUAACAUGGACACUGAUGAUUUAGUUCCAAGUUUACAAGAAGAGUUGAAUGCUGAUAUAUUGUCUGACGUUGAAGCACUUUUAGCUGCCAACAAGGACAGCGUGUUGACAUGGCUAUAAAUGGACAUUUUGUGGCAAGAUGUGCCUUUUUCUAAGGCCAUAGAGAUAGCUAUAAAAAUUGUUUGUUUACUUGCUGUCUGGAAACUUUCUGAAUGAAGAGGGUUUGUUUUCGGAUGUGCAUGUGUAGUUAUUACCUGGUAAAAGUUUUCUUGGCUGCUCUACUGUUUCUUUAUUUUUCUUUGACUUUUAAAUUUGAUGGUGGUACAGUGAUUGAAACUGUAAAAUGUUGUAAUUUUUAUUGUUGUAAUUAUUCUUUGAUUGCUUAUUUUUAUUCUUUCUAUGUUAACCAAGAAAACUUUUACUAGAUAUUUAGUCUUCCAAAUAAAGGAGUAGUUGUGGUUGGUUAUAACUGUAUGGAUAAAUCUAGAGGAAAUCUUGUAUGGGAUUGUUUCCUUUUAAUUCUUCAUUUAAGACUGUGAAAUGUUUAAGCUAUAUUUUAUCUUGUAUUUUAAAUGUUGCUAUUUCAUAACUUCAAAGUUAGAGUAUAUUUUAAAAUGUUUGUGUAUCAACUUAAUAUAAAGCAUGUUUAUAUUAUGAAAUGUAGGUUGUUUAAAAUAUGUAUAUUCAUAUAUGAAUCGUGUUUAAUUUUUAUGCAUUGCCUAUAAAAAAAGUCAGCAUCAACAAUAGAAAAUUACAACAAUAACAAAAAUAUUCAAAUUCAUAACCAAUUACUACUACUCUUAUUUCUUUAUUUGGAAGACUAAUAUAUGAAAGGUGUUGGAAAGCUGUAUGACCAUUUGCUCACCAUCAGAAGCUACAUGCUGUAUUUCUUCUGUUCCAUGUUUUCAUUUAUAAAAAACCAUUUAAGUUUUGUGCUCAAAACUUGUGCUUUGUCUUAUCAGCAUUCAUAGCCACAGCUAUCAUAGUCAUUCAAUCAUGGUAUUUUAGCACAAAAUAACUUCAUCUUUUUUUCAGGUUAACUUUUUUCCAAUGACACCUAUACCACCAUUCAUAUGUUUGAAGUAAACAUACGCAAUUGUAAUGCUCUAUAUUUUAAACCGGUUUCUCAUUACAAUUUUUGUACUUUUAUUUCAGUUUAAUGAAAAUGAAAUGAAAAAUUUGUUAAAUUAAAAAGUUGAAUUUCUUUACUAAUAAAUUUUUCGUGAAUUUUAAACUUUUAAAAAGUUUAUAAUUCACCCCCCCCCCCUUUAACACUGGGUGCAUGCUUGUAACCUGACAGCACUGGCAUCAGCAUGUAAUUUCAUAUUACAUGAAACAAGCUGCACUUACUAGCAUUCAGGAGAGGUUGCACU